UAUAUGUACAGCCAAACGCAAAACGCGCGUACACCACCACCAAGCAGCAGACGUGAACCCAGCAAAAAUACAAUUACUCCUCAACCAGGACGUUUCAGGACCUGGGAAUGGUCGAACAGCCUCCGUGGACAAGCUACUAAGGAGGUAGCAGAAUGGACCGGUAAGCACCGAAGCACCAUUUACCGCAUUCUUCGACGCUAUGACGACGAGGGUACCCAUGAAUUGCCCAAUCAUUAG